AUGUUAAGUGUCAUAUACCAUAAUCCCAAGACGUUUCAUUCACAUCAGAAUGCCGUUUUGGACCAGCUUCUUUUCUGCGCAUACAAAACCUAUGCUUUACAAAAUGAUUGUACAAUUAGUGAUGAUGAUGAUGAUGAUGAUGAUGAUGAUGAUGAUGAUGAUGAUGAUGAUGAUGAUGAUGAUGAUGAUGAUGAUGAUGAUGAUGAUGAUGAUGAUGAUGAUGAUGAUGAUGAUGAUGAUGAUGAUGAUGAUGAUGAUGAUGAUGAUGAUGAUGAUGAUGAUGAUGAUGAUGAUGAUGAUGAUGAUGAUGAUGAUGAUGAUGAUGAUGAUGAUGAUGAUGAUGAUGAUGAUGAUGAUGAUGCAGUGAUGCUGGCGGUAGUGGUGAAGCAAUUUGUAAUCGUGCACAUUAUCUGCAAUUUUGGUCGCUUAGUUGUUUAUUAUAUUGCAGUAUAA